GUUCCAGCCAGAAACCAGCCUGAACUUCAGUGGAACUAAAGGUACAGACUCACUGGGAUUAUCCACUGCCCUGCCUAUAAACCUGCUUCUGCCUUGCUGGGAUUAAUCAAUUAAUCAAGAGUUUGGGAGCCUGGUUCUGGAGGGUAAGAAUUCUAAGAACAUGGUGUCAGGAAGACCCUCAUCCUAUGCUAGAAAGCAGACAGGCCUCAUGAGUUUGCAUUGUUCAUUUGUGAUGGUUCAUUGUAUAGUGCUUGGAUUGAUGGUGUCAGUCCUCCACCCACAUUGGGGUGGAGCCAGGAUGUGAUGUAAUGGCAGGAAGAAGGUGUGUUUUUCUCUUUGCUGGUUCGAGUUUGCUGUGGGUGGCCAACAUGAACUGCGGCCCAGCCAUGCCUGCCUGUCUUGGAGCCAACUGAGUGUGGACUGAAACCUCCAAAAACUGAUUAAAAUGACCUCGGAGCUGGAACAGUUAUACUCUCAUGUUAAUGAAAAGAUUGGCAACAUUAAAAAAACACUGUCUUUAAGAAAUCUUGGCCAGGACCCUACCUUAAAGACUGUAUUAAAUAAAAUAGGAGAUGAGAUCAUUAUAGUAAAUGAACUUCUAAACAAAUUUGAAUUGGAAAUUCGAUAUCAAGAACAAAUCAGCAGUUCACUCAAGGAACUCAGUGACUUGCUUGAAGAAGAUUAUAAAGAUGUGGAACAUCUGAAUGAAAACAUUCCUCCCCAUUUGCCUCAAGUAACAGUAACACAGAAUCCGGUUAAUGGAGCACAUCUUGACUCUGAAGAACCAGUCAAAGCUGAAGAAUCUAAAUCCACAAAGAAGCCUCUCAAGGAACAAAAAAUUAUCAAAGAAAUGCUGUUUAUAUCUACUGAUGAAUUCAAUGAAAUUCCUUCGUACAUGAAAUCUCGCUUAACCUAUUGUCAAAUUAAUGAUGUUAUUAAAGAAAUCAAUAAAGCAGUAGUUAGCAAAUACAAGAUUGUUCAUCAGCCAAAGAAGUCUAUGAAUUCUGUAACCAGAAAUCUCUAUCAAAGAUUUGUUGAUGAAGAAAUAAAGGAUACUAAAGGUCGUUAUUUUAUAGUGGAAGCUGACAUAAAGGAGUUCACAACUCUGAAGGCUGACAAGAGGUUUUAUGGGAUCCUGAAUAUUUUGCGACACUGCCGGAGGCUGUCAGAGGUCCGAGGGGGCGGACUUACCCGUUAUGUCAUAACCUGAGACCUUGGUAUGGAACCAACAGGCAGUAAGGCAUAGAUGUUAGUCCUAUAAUUAUCUUAUGUAUAAUAUCUGGCUUUUAAAUUUUUAUUCCUGUUUUCCAUGGAUAUAAAACCUUUUUGAAUAAUAUAUAUUAACAUUUACUUCCUUUUGGCAAACAUUUAUCCAACUGCCUCACAGGCUCCAUAGUUGGCAUGUAAUGGAAUUAAAAAAUACUCAUAUCUGGUUUUGUGUUUAGUGGACAGUGCUACAGACCCCAAUAAGAUGGCUAUAGAUAUGAUAUUGGAAGUAAGAGGCCAAGACGAUAAGGUCAAGGUGCCUAGGCCCUUUUGGAAUUAAAGCUCAUUAGUGUCUAAAUUCCAUGCAAGGCAUUUCCAUUUACAGGUGGACUUCCUUGAAGUGGCUCUGUAGGUGGUUUAUCCAUCUGAUUAUUUUCUAUUUGUCCAGUGGGAGCAGCUUACCACUCAUCAGUUAAGCUGGUCUGUAGACUUCAACCUGUAAUGAAAGUAUUAUUGAGAUAAUACUGUGAUAUUGUGAUUUAAUAAGAAGUAUAUAUUAGAUCCUCAUCCCCAGUUCCUUGACCACAAUUCCUGAUGUGACACAGCGCUCUUAAAUUUCUUCAAAUUGCCUAUUGGUAAGGAAUAUUUCUUGUUUGAAUGAGGUAAUUCUUUGUCGGCUCCUAAAUAGUUUCAGGGAUGGGGUCUUGUUGCAAAGACUAUGGACACAUAGCAUGCACAGGCUGAGAUUGAGUUAAUAAUCAUCUGAUGUGAUGAAGCCAUAAAAAUCCCUAAACUACAAAGUUCAGAGAGCUUCCAGACUGUGGACACAUGGACGUGGCAGGAGGAUGGUGCUCCCUGCCUUUAUGAAGACAGAAGCUCCUGUGCCCAGGACUCUGCUGGACUCACCCUAUUGUACAUCUUUAUUGGCUGCUCAUCUGUAUCCUUUGUUACCCUUUAUAAUAAACUAGUAAUCAUAGAAA